GACCCGGAUACAGACGGGCGCCGCCUGCCCGCCGCGGUGCGGAGCCGGCCGGCCCCGCCGAGCGCAGGGAGCGGAGCCAUGGGGCCGCGCUGAGCGCCCGCCUGCUCCGCUCCCGCUCCCGCUCCCCCUCCCCGCCGGCCAUGGCGCCCAUGGGGAUCCGCCUGUCGCCGCUCGGCAUGGCCGUGUUCUGCCUGCUGGGGCUCGGCGUCCUCUACCACCUCUACUCCGGCUUCCUGGCCGGCCGCUUCGCCUUCUUCAUGCUGAGCGAGCCGGCGGCCGGCGGGGCCGAGCCCCCUCCCCGCGGCUCCGCGGCCGCCGUGGACCUGCGGGAGCUGCUGGCCGUCUCCGUGCUGGCCGCCGUGCGGGGCGGCGAGGAGGUGAAGCGGGUCCGCGAGGGCAACGUCCUCAACGAGAAGGCGAAGGGGAAGACCCGCGAGGGAGCCGAGGAGAAGCUGACGAGCGGAGACCUCCUGUCCAACCGCAAGAUGUACCACCUGCUGCAAGCCGCCUUCCCCGGCGUGCAGAUAAACUCUGAAGAACAUGUCGAUACAGCUGAUCAGGAGACAGUCUCUUGGGAUCGCAGUAUACCUGAAGAAAUAAAACAAAAAAUACAGCCUAAGGAGGUUCCAGCAGAAAGUGUUACUGUCUGGAUCGAUCCAUUAGAUGCUACACAAGAAUACACAGAGGAUCUUCGGCAGUAUGUCACAACGAUGGUUUGUGUGGCUGUAAAUGGUAAACCAGUAAUAGGAGUGAUACAUAAGCCAUUCUCAGCAUAUACAGCCUGGGCAAUGGUAGAUGGCGGGUCAAACGUAAAAGCUCGUUCCUCCUACAAUGAGAAAACUCCAAGGAUUAUUGUAUCCCGCUCCCAUGCAGGAAAAGUGAAGCAGGUUGCACGGCAGACUUUUGGAAAUAAGACUGUGAUAAUCCCCGCUGGUGGAGCAGGUUAUAAAGUGCUGGCCCUCCUUGACGUAGCUGAAAAGAAUCAAGAAGAAGCUGAUGUGUAUAUCCAUGUCACCUAUAUUAAGAAGUGGGACAUCUGUGCUGGAAAUGCGGUGUUGAGAGCAUUGGGUGGCCAUAUGACUACCCUGAAUGGUGAAGAAAUCAGUUACACUGGCUCAGAUGGCAAUGAGGGGGGACUUAUAGCCAGUAUCAAUAUGAACCAUAAAGCACUGAUUGAAAAACUUCCAGAUCUGGAAGAAACGUCACACAAACUUGACUGAUGGAGAAAUACAAGUCAUGCUUUUGUAAGCCUCCAGAUGGUCUGACUGAAGAAGCAAGUGUGAAAACCUGCUGGGAAAGAUGCGCAGCAAAGCAGUUUGGUGUGGGUUUGGGGACUGUAUUUGCAUUGGGUUUCUUCAGUGGUGGUAUUUAAAAAUAAAACUAUUAAAAAAAAAUAAAAACAACACAGUAAUAAUAAUCAGAAGUAGGAAGGGCACUGACUGCCUCACCCCUCACUUUCCAUGUCUUUUUUUUUUUUUUUGACUGUUUUCAUUCAGUUCUUGUAUUCAAGGUGCAUAUACAAUAUAUAUUUGUGAACAUAGGUGAAUUAAAGAAAGAUCCAAAUUGUUUCAUAAAAUAACCUCAGUAGUUCUCAGAGGAAUUUCUUGAAAUCUUUUACAUCUUACUGUAGUUUUAGCAAUUCUGUAAUGAAUUAGGUAGAAACAAAGAGUGAUUUAUAUAGGCAUUUGAUAACUAAAAAAAUCAGGAGGAAAGAUGGCCCUGUGUUCUGUAUCCCCUGAACAGAAUUCACAAGAAGGUUGACACACAUUUAUAUACAGCAAUGGUUUAUCUUGGACGGAGUGGCACUCUUUCUGCUUUUUAAGAGGAAACAAAAAUGUUCUGUACUGUUUUGACUUUUUUUUUUUUUCAUGAAGAUGUAAACCAGUUUAAUUCAGAUGAGUUGUGAAUAUCAGUGUUUUAUUAAUCAGUGUAAUUAUUUCCAUAUAACUUUUUAAAAGAAGGCAAUGUUUCCUUGUAUACUUUUUAACAGUUGAUUCUUGUCCUUGAUGAUUUCUCCGUACAGUGUUGAAGAUGCAUGCUAGAUCUUCCUCUAAUGUAGGGCUUGUUCAUCAUUUGGCAUUUGUACUUAUAGAAGCACAAUUUGGUACCUGUUCAUUUUGGUUUUCCCCAUUCAAUAGAGUCAUAUGAAAUGAGUUUGAUGGAAAUAAUAAGUUGAUUGGUCAUUUCCAUUUAUAUAAUAUAAGCUCGCAUUUUCUUUUCUAAAACCUCAGAACUAACUUUCUGCUUUCUUAGGUUAAGGGGUGUUCUUUUCUUCAGAAAGCUCUUGAGUUAUCCCAAAUGGCUUGUGGUUGCUUGAUUUGUGGAAACUUACAUAUAUCAUUUCCCUUAAAUUGAAUCUUUUUAAGCAAGUUUGAAGAACAAGCAGCCCUUCAAGUACACCAGAGUCCAGAAAACCUUACUGAAAAAUGCUCUUUGUCAGUCCAGUUUACGCAGAACAGAACAUGGGCCCUUUGAUACCAAAUGACAAAUCGUUGUACCUCUAAAAUAGUUAGACUUCUAUCAGCAGAAGCAUAACCAUCUGUGGUGGUGCUCUUUGUGCGCCUCUGAAGGGAUUUCAGAAAGUUAAAACAUACUUGUUAUUUCAAUUAUCAAUAGAUAAGCUUCCCACCUCUUCUCAAUUCUUCAAAUAUUUGUUUGAAGUUUAUUUAGUAGAAACAUAGGCUAUUUAAAAUAAAUUAUUAUUUUAUUUUUUUCAUUUUUAACUUCUUUCAUCAUACUAUUCUCAUUAAAAUGAGGUUUUUCCUCCUUAUGUUAAAUGUUAGUAGUGGAGAAUGUCAUAAUACCUCUUUUAAUGAUCUUCUGUCUUAUGUUCACAUUUCCAAAAGACCUCCUCAGAUGUUGCAUAAUUACUGAUAAAGAUGUUAAUUUCGUAAACUUACUGGCAAAGUAGACUGAAGCUUAGUCCUACUAGCCUUUGGUACGGGUAGGCUUUUUUUCUUACAUUGUUUUUCCAACAUCGACACAAUUGCUGCUAUUUGAGAACACCUUCUACACAUGUAGAUAAUAUACAAAGCAACUUAACUUCAUUUUUAAGUUUAAUGACCUGCUAUAUGGUAUGACAAAUAAGUGAAUGUGGCCUUUAAAAAAGGGGCUGAUUUAUUUUUAAAAAUUUGUUGAGCUUCCAAACCUCAGCAUAUAACAAAAAUCCAGGUAUUUAUCAAGACUUUACUAAUACUUGGCAAGAAGACUGUAGCUUUUUUUUCUUAUAAUUAUUUUCCCUUCAGUCUGAUACAAGUGGGUUAAAGUGUUAUAAAAAAAGCAUUUCUGCUGUUUAGUAGUUAAAGAACAUGGAUUAAAAUUUAAGCAUGAGAAAUAGCCAUAGUUGGGCUAGUAUCAAAAUGUGUGUGUCACAGAGCUUGGCUGCACAAUGUUUAAAUAGACAGCUAAAGUCCCUGGGAGGUGGCUGGUUUCGAUUCAUGUUGAAAGCAUGUUUAAACUUAACUUGUGAAAAUGUGACUGCUUUUAUUUUGGUUGCAGUCCCAUCACUUCCUUCAUAAGCUGUGAUCAGACUUAGGUUCUGCAUGAGAAAGGAAAAAUAAGGUAAUGUUAUGUACACUAAAGGGGCUUACUGGGAUUUUCUUUGAAGGUACACAGCAGUAAACAGAAAUGUUUGCCUAAAUUAUGAAGUUAAAGACCUUUGGAAGAUAAAGGUACAAAGAAGAGCCCCAGCUUUCCUUUUCUAGUUCCCAUAUGCUGGCUGAAAUCCCUAGUUUUUCAUUAGGAGGACAUAUGCUUGUUCCAACCUGUUUGUAUCCUAAAUUGCUUUGCUGCAUUGGAUCUCAGUGUUUGAUACCUUUCUGCUUCGGGCCCCUUUUUGACCCAUCUCACUUCCUGUGACAGUGAAGGAAAGGUGAGGGAGAAGAGCUUCUGGCACAGCUUGAGCUCAGGCAGCUGCCCCACAGCCAGGCCCUGCAGUGCUGUUUGCAGCUCCAGGCCUGGCUGAUGGAGGAGCUGCUGCAGGGAGUGCGGUCAGGCCCCGGUCGGUAUCGAUUUAUAAUGUACAUGCAACUCUUGCACAGACCAGCAGGUGUUCAGAAGUGCUUGCUUAGUGCACGUGUGCCAGUGCACUUUGAUAUUCCUGUGUACAGUAUUGACAACCCAUGCAUCUUAUUUCUUUGACCAUGUCUACACUCCUUUCUAAAACACUUUGCCAUCCUGGCUUAAAUGCUUGUUUGGUUUCACCUCUGUGGAUGUAAGAGAAGCUUAUUGUCUGAGAUCAGACUAACAGUGUCUCACUGCCUGGCUAGGGCAUUGUUCUGCACCUGCUAGCCUUUUCCACAUGAAACUGAUGUAGCGUUUUCAGAGAUGCUACUUAAAACAAUUGCACAGCAUAGGUGGGUCCUACAAAAGUGUCUUUUCUAAAAAUUGGAAUUUAAAAAACUUCACAGUAACAUUCUAGGUCCAAUCAAGGGAAGUAAGAGAAUGUAUUGUGCUAGCAUUGCUUUUCACAUGAUGUCUUUUUUUUUUUUUUCCUUUGGGUGGAUAUUAUGAUUAUGGUAACUGUCAGUGAAAUUAUUCUAACGCGGUGUGUAUUUUCUCUUUUUCCUUCUGCUACAAAGAGUGGAUGGUAGCAUAGAUGAUACCUAGUACUGUACCAAACGUCCUAACUUGCAUUCACUGAAUGUUUUAUAAAUACAUGGACACAGAAAUAAAAGGGUUGAAUAUUGUACUCAACUGGUAUUGAGUUUAACCUAUUUGCAAGACUUUUGCAGGUAGAUUUAUGGAAGCACUGUUUGUUCUGAAUGAUAAAGCACAUAGUAGUAAUGAAAAUACGAGAAGAGAUAGCUUAUGUGAAUGAUGAAUGAACCAUGUGGAUGGAGCUAAGAAAUCACCUAGUGAUGUUGUUUCAUGUAUUUGCUUUUACCCUACAGUCAUUAAGAAUAGACUAAUUGGCUUCAGGUGCGAGAAGAGAUGUACACGUAUAUUUUUUGGAGAUAUAUGAAGAAGAGUCAGCACUGAUGUUCAUGUCUGCAUUUUUGUUUAUAAACAAGUGUAUCCUAACAUCUUUGUAGCAUCUUCUUAUCUGUUGGAGUCUCACAGCAGUGGUGCAAUGCUGUUGUAACCUGGUUUAACCAUGUAAAACAAGCACCCUGCAACCCCAGAGCAGCGCAACGAGGAGGGACUGACCUGUGCUGGGCCCUGUCUGGGUUAUUUUCCCUAGAUGUGGCUGUGCUGGAGAAAUUGUAACAGAGAACACUUAUUUUCCAUUUCUGGCUUUAAAUUGCCUUGCUAGUUUCAUUUCCCUUUCAGAGGUUAGAUAAUCAUACAGUUGAAGUUUACCCGCAGAUAAAUGCCUGUGAUUGUAGGCUCUGGCAGGAUGAGGGGGAAAGUGCCUCUAACACAGGGGAAGACUGAACAGCUUCCUUUCAGGCCAGUCAGACCAAGUCUUAUUUCAGGGCUCUGUUGUGCAGACUGAGGUCCAUUGACAAAAUUAUGAAUUCAACAUUGCCAGAAUGCUCAUAGUACAAUAGUCAGCUUAAUAACCAAGUGCUAACACCUGCUGCCAGUCUUCUCACCCCACAAGCUGCCAAUGCCUUUCACGGCUCAUACCCAGGGGCACGAAGCCUUCUACUUCGUGGUUUUAAGAUGUCAAGGGGCAGCCACUUUUCCUCUCAUUGCUGUUCCUCAUUUGUGCCUUCUUGAUCCUUGCACCUUUCUUAGUCCAUGUGGACAAGAAAGAUGAGGGAUCAGAGGUGGAAACUCCCUGAAAGAGAGGAACACAGCAACAAACUAUCCAUCAUGUUUCAUUCUGAAACUGGUAGUUUGGUGGGACCAAGGCCUAAGCCUUGGCCAAGGCCUUACCAAAGCUUUUUUUUUUUUUUUUUUUUUAAAUGGUCUGCAGCUGAUGGAGCCCCCUUUCAGAUAAGACUGUUUUCAGCCAUUGGUUGUUGCUGUGUUCCCCCACCCAAAGGAUGAGCAACACUCUGGCAUUUUUCCUGUUAUCCCACCAAGUUGUGUUACCAUUUUCCAAUUGUGUGCCAAAUCAAAAUGACAAUUCUAUAAAUAAAACUCUGAAAAUA